CCAUCUUCCAGCCUUUCCUUCCGGUGAUGGUUCACUCCGGAGCUUUAGUUCGCCUCACUAACGUACUACAAAAUCAGUUUUUCUUCUCUUUUGAAGUAUUACAGUAGAUUUCACCAUGUUGACCCAAUUCUCCCGCACCGUUGCCCGAAAGGCCUCCACCGGAGCCGCUUCCAAGCGCAUGAUGUCUGCCAUCACUGGUGUCGACGCUCGCGAAAUCAUCGAUUCUCGAGGAAACCCAACCGUCGAGGUUGAUAUUACCACCGCCACUGGAACCUACACCGCAAGUGUCCCUUCUGGUGCCUCUACCGGUGCCUACGAGGCCCACGAACUCCGUGAUGGAGGUUCCCGAUACCUUGGAAAGGGAUGCUUGAAGGCCGUUGAAAACGCUAAGACCAUUUUGGCCGACGCCGUCAUGGGAAUCGAUGCCGCCGAUCAGCGUGCCAUCGACGAAGCCAUGAUCAAGGCUGAUGGAACCCACAACAAGGCCAACGUUGGAGCCAACGCCGUUCUUGGAAGUAAGUUGAAUCCUAUUUCGACGAGAAGCGGUGCCUUGCCUAUUUUUUGGCUGUGGAUUUCGCGUCACCAGAGUUAGCCGUAACGCUCAGGUUUGAGGUAUUUGUGGAUUCGGUGGUCUUACUCGAAUCUACCCCGUCGUUUUAUAUCCUGAUCAUCGUAUCUUCUUUCUAUUGCUUAUCCUGUGGGAAUUUUUGUUUUGCUGCCUAGUUUCCCUUGCCGCCUCCAAGGCCGGAGCUGGUGUCCAAGGAAUUCCUCUCUGGAAACAUUAUGCCAACGUUGCCGAAAACCCGAUCCCCGAAACCAUGCCUGUUCCUUGCUUCAAUGUUAUCAACGGAGGAGAACACGCCGGUAACAGACUUGCCUUCCAAGAAUUUUUCGUCAUCCCCACCGGUGCCGAAACCUUCUCCGAAUCCAUGGAAAUUGGUUGCGAAACCUUCCACGCCUUGAAGAAGGUUAUCCAAACCAAGUUCGGAGGUGAUGCUACCUUGAUCGGAGACGAGGGUGGUUUCGCUCCUCCCUGCGAUGUCGAGUCUGGUUUGGCCAUGAUCAUGGAGGCCGCAGAAAACGCCGGAUACGCCGACAAGAUCUCCGUCGGUUUGGAUGUUGCCAGUUCUGAAUUCAAGGUGGAUGGCAAGGAUGCCUACGACUUGGACUUCAAGUCCGCUAACGGCGAUCCAUCCAUGGUUUUGAGCGGAGAUGAAAUGGUCGCCCUCUACCAAAAGCUCAUCGCUGAAUACCCUAUUGUCACCAUCGAAGAUCCUUUCGACCAAGAUGACUGGACCAACUGGAACAAGAUCACCGCCGCCACCGACAUCCAAAUUGUCGGAGAUGAUCUUACCGUCACAAACCCUGCCAAGAUCCAGGAAGCCAUCGACCAGAAAUCUUGCAACUGCUUGUUGUUGAAGGUCAACCAAAUUGGAUCCAUCUCUGAAUCUAUCGAUGCCGUUAAGCUCUCCAAGCAGGCUGGAUGGGGUGUCAUGACUUCUCACCGAUCCGGAGAGACCGAGGACAACUACAUUGCCGACUUGGCAGUUGGUCUUGGAACCGGUCAGAUCAAGACUGGAGCUCCAUGCCGUGGAGAGCGUACCGCCAAGUACAAUCAAUUGUUGCGAAUCGAAGCCGAACUCGGAGGUGCCGCCGUUUUCCCUGGAGCUGGCUUCCGCACUCCUGCCUGGAUGGCUUAAAGAAACAAACAGUUUUUUUCUAUCGUGUGAAGAAAAACUGGGUUGUCAGACUGCUCGGUGAAGCUUCUGUUCCCCUUGUGCACGUGCGCUGGUAUUGUGUAACUCCCCAGCUCCAUGGAUGGAUCCUUGGUUUUAAAUCCACGCUAAUUUGGAGAUUUAGAAAUACAAUUUUUAUUGAUCC